AAGGAGGACUAUUACCAGGUGCUGGGGGUGCCUCGCACCGCCACCCAGAAGGAGAUCAAGAAGGCCUACUACCAGCUGGCAAAGAAAUACCACCCCGAUACAAACAAGGAUGACCCGAAAGCUAAAGAGAAGUUUGCUCAGUUGGCAGAAGCCUACGAGGUGUUAAGUGAUGAAGUGAAGCGGAAGCAGUACGAUGCAUACGGCACGGCCAGUUUUGACCCUGGGGCAACGGGCGCCAGCGCGGGGCGGCAGUACUGGAGCAGCGGUCCGUCCAUCGAUCCCGAGGAGCUCUUCAGGAAAAUCUUUGGAGAGUUUUCAGGAUCCCCUUUUGGCGAUUUUCAGAGUGUCUUUGACCAGCCACAGGAGUAUAUCAUGGAACUGACAUUCACCCAAGCUGCAAAAGGUGUUAACAAGGAGAUUGUGGUGAACAUCAAUGACUCCUGUGAGCGAUGCCAUGGGAAAGGACAUGAGCCUGGUACCAAAGCACAGCACUGUCACUACUGCAAUGGCACUGGCAUGGAGACAAUAAACACUGGCCCUUUUGUAAUGCGAUCUACGUGCCGACGGUGCGGCGGUCGCGGUUCCAUCAUAACCACGCCAUGUGUAGUAUGUCGAGGAACUGGACAAACCAAACAGAAGAAGACAGUGAUGGUCCCUGUGCCAGCUGGUGUUGAGGACGGGCAGACAGUUCGGUUGCCUGUGGGGAGGAAAGAGAUCUUCAUUACGUUCAGGGUUCAGAAAAGUUCUGUGUUCAGAAGAAAUGGAGCAGAUGUCCAUUCGGAUCUCCUCAUUUCAAUAGCGCAGGCUGUCCUGGGAGGUACAGCCAGAUGUCAAGGCUUGUAUGAGACAAUCAAUAUCACAAUACCCCCUGGUAUUCAGCCGGACCAGAGAAUUCGAAUGAGUGGGAAAGGCAUUCCCAGGGUUAACAGUUAUGGCUACGGAGAUCACUACAUUCACAUAAAGAUAAAAGUUCCUCAGAGGCUGACGGAUCGCCAGCGAGCCUUAAUGAUGAGCUACGCCGAGGAUGAGGCAGAUGUGGAGGGCACAGUGAAUGGGGUCACAAACACAGCGUCAGGGAAGCGUUCUACUGGAAGCUAAGAUCCAGCAGCAAAUCAUCUUUGCAGUUGGGGCUGAAUUCUUCUGGCAGUGGGCUCUGGAGAGCAAAGGUUGUCAGUGGCAUAGUGAGAAUCCCAGCUGGAGAGGCAACGCACCACUGAGGCACCAACAGCCAUCAUGAUAGAAAACCCACCCACCAUCCUAGGACAUGGUAAUGAAGGAAAAUACCAGCUUUGCAGAAAUGCAGUGCUCUCUCUGAGGUUGCUCCACAGUCCCCACUGCUGCUGGAAGCUUAU